AUCACAAAUCACAAUGUCCUACACUUAAGUGCCAAUUACAUCCACACUAUUAUCAGGCCUGAUAUCAGACCCAAUUUCGGGCCCGAGAAAGAGUACUUUUCCGUUUCGCCAAAUAUCAGCACACUGUUUAAGUCAUGUCAAAUAUUUUAUUGCUUUUCAUGUGUACAUUUGGUGCUUAUUAAUAGCUUUACAAUAUUUGAAAUGUAAAAAAAUGGUUCAUAUGCAAAAAUAUCAAACAUUGGAUGUAAUUGGGGCUUUUAAUAUUUUUGCAUUUGAACCAUUUUUUUACAUAUCAAAUAUUGUAAACGGUGUGCUGAUUUUCAGUGAAACGGAAAACGAUUAUCAGGCCCGAAAUCGGGACUGAUUGCGGGCCCGAAAUCGGGAAGGGUGGAUGUAAUUGGCGCUUUACACGGAACUCACUAUUCUUUAAACAUCUAUUGCAAUUUUAAAAACGGCAAAAGACGAUUUAUAAAAUUUACAUCCUUGAUUAAAAUUUAUAUUACCGUUGACUUAUUUACGUAGGAUUGUAAAUUGUAACUAUAAUUUUGAUUUAUAAUUUUAAAUGAAAUAAAAACGAUGGUGACCAACCUAAUCUUUUAAUUACAUAUGAGUCUAUGGUUUCUAAUCUUGGAAUCUCAUGAAUCCCAUCCAAAUUCCAUUCCAACCGCGACCGGUUUGAAUUUCGGAAUCAACCAUAGUCCCCUCUCGCGUUUUAUUUCUUUGCAUUGUCAGCAAAUCCUUUCGGAAGUUUAUCAGCAGUGACGUAAAUAUUUGAUUUGAUAACGCUGCAAAUUGACCAAAAUGUUAAAUAAGCGGCAACAAUAAUUUGUUUCAGUUGAAAAAACUUUACAUCUAUCAUAUUUUCUACCCAACAAGUCAGUGCUUCAGUAAGUAGGAUCAAUAUGAGUAUGAGCUUCGAAAACCCUAUGCUUUAUAACGAGAUACUGCUAAGAAAAGGUCUUUUGGGAGGUAUUUACAAAGCAGUGAACAAUUUAGACGGGUCAGCUGUAUUAGAAGCUUAUAAAGUACUGAGUGUUACUAAGGGAUUUCCUCGUCUGCACUCGCAUAUAAAAAAUAAUGGCAUGUCUUCCAUAUUUCGCGGUCAUGGGAAUGAUAAUUACCAGGAGGGAAACUACCAGAUGGCAUUAGAAAUGUAUAACAAGGCUUUACUCUUUGCUCCAAAAGGCUCCAUAGAAAUGUUGCAUGCUUAUGGCAAUCGGUCGGCACUCCUUUUUCAUUUAAAUGCAUAUUCUGCAUGUCUUAAAGACAUUGAGACUUGUCGCAAACUAGGGUGCACUGGAGACCUGGAAAAAAAACUAAAUAAGAGAUAUGAACAAUGUAUGGAAUCAAUGUGGAAAGAAAAUCUUAAGAACAAUAUAUUGCUGUGCAGUUGGGCUCAAGACUAUUUCAAGUUUAAUAUGAAGAAACAUCCUGAUUUACCUUGCCUAUCUGCUGAUGCGGACAUAAUUACCGAAAAUGAAGAACAAAAGGUAGUUGCUAAUAAGGAUAUAAAAAUUGGUACAGUGGUAGCUAUAGAUACAGCAUUUGUUACUCAUUCUCUCCCCGAUAAAUGUCUUGUCUGUUGCCAUUAUUGCCAGAAGACAACAUUCAAUUUGAUGCCUUGUGACAACUGCUGUGUUGCACUCUUCUGUAGCUUGCAAUGCAAGGAGCGCUGUCUGAAUGAGUACCAUGACAUAGAAUGUCAGAUCAUGGACCUUCUGCUAACAAUUGAUGCAGGCUACAAGUUCCGUUUGGCAAUCAAGACUUUCUUGAAGCUCAAAACUCUUUGUAAGGACUGGAGCACUCUGAUUAAAGAAGCAAAUAACAUUGGAAACAGCAGACUAAAUGAGAGUUCAUUGAGCGAAAUAUACAAUGUUGAAAACUAUUCUUCAAUAUUAUGCUUCAAGGAAGAUAGGUGUUUUGUCUUUGGUACACUGUAUAAUAGCACCUUCAUUUAUGCCUCAGUGUUGCAUCGGUUGGAAAGAGUCCUUGGUUUCUUCCCUCAAUCAAAAUCUGAAGGUCUUGAAGCGAAGAAAUGCUUCGCAAAGCUGUGCCUCACUCUGCAGUUAAACUGCCCGGCUACUGAAGUUGUUACUUCUGCCGAAGAGCUGACUGUUGGCCAGAUCGGGACGGACAUGCCGCCGCACUUUGGCUGGUUCCCGUUUGCGGGUAAACUGAAGCACUGCUGCGAGGCGAACCUGCUGGCGCUGGGGCUUGAUGACCGCUUAGCGCUGAUAGCUAUAAGACCCAUAAAGAAGACGUCUGAGCUGACGGUUUCUUAUGUUGGCCACUGGUAUGAGAACCUUUAUGGAGACCAGCGUCGAAUGAAGCUUUACCAAAACAUCCUGAACGUGUGCAACUGCCGCGUGUGUGCCCAAGGCUGGGACAUCCACAGCUUCCGGAGGCGGGAACUAGACGCCAAGCUGAAGAAGGUGUUUUUCUCCUGGGACAACAUGCGAAAAAACAACGUAAUGCCCCAGCGAGACCCGUUGUUCUUCCUGGAGACGUGCAAGGCGCUGGCGCUGCUGGACGCGCGGCCCAACUCCGCCGAGCACUACGAGCUGUUCCGCGAGCUGCGCACGCAGCUCAGCCUGGCGCAGUUCGCUGCCACUAACAAUAUUACGAUCUGACGCUAAACAAAACUGAUUUUAUUUUUGUCAGAAAACUAUAAAAACUGUUAAUGAUUAUCGUUAACCCUUUGAACGCCAGGAACCCUUAAAGGUUUCGUUUGCCGUCGUGCUCACCACGCCAAGGACAACUAUAGGUGUUAUGGAGAACGCUGUCAAAGUAACCGUCACACUUUCAAGGUUUACAUUAGCUCGCUUGCGCUGGGUAGCUUGGCGUUCGAGUGAUGUUUAUGACAUGAAGCGUUCAAAAGGUUCAUUAUUAGGCGGGUGCACACAGAGCGAACAAACGCGCGAGGCAAUUUCCUCGGCCGAGGCACGUCUACACUGGCCGGUUUGUGCGCGAGGAAAUUGCCUCGCGCGUAUGCUCGCUCUGUGUGGACCCGUCUAUUGGGAAAUUACAAGCCGUCAUAAAUAGACUUGCUCGGAUAUCACUGCCUCUGUAUAUGUCAAUAUCCUUGAUAAAAUGAGUGACAUGACGGAAUGAAUAUUAUAAACGCGGCAGUAAUGCGGAGGACGUCACUCUUUUUGUGUGUAACGAGCCGCCUCGAAAGGAAAUAGUCGCGCGAUGCAGCUUGGUCUGUGAAUCUAUUUAGACCAAGACUCGGAAACGGUUUUUCUUCAUACAAAAAAUAUCGGUAUUGUUACGUUCUUUUGUUUAUUAUUUCAUUAAUGGGAAAAUCUAAUAAUACGAAAUUGAUACCUAAAUAUAUGAUUCAGUCAUACGUGAAGAGCAUCAAAUAAUUAAUACUAUCAUAUUUCGGGGUUUUUUGUAAAAAACCGGUUCCUCGCCCCGAUGUAGACGGGCUCGGGCGAGGCAAGUCUCUACAGACUGAACUGCCUCGCGCGGCAAGUCCCUCGCCCCGUGUGAACCCGCCGGGUACAGCGGCGGCACGACGACGCCGCGGCAGUAAUGUAGCUGCGGUUGACAUACCUAUGAACGUCACUUUCAAAUUUUUCUAAGGAUAGUAUUCCACACCUGUCCAAUAUGUAUUUGCAUCUCACGUUUUACUUUAUAGGAGAGUGAGACACAUUUCCCGGCAAAGAAAUUGGACAGGUUGAUUACUAUCCUAAAGCAAGAAAUAAAGACUGUUGAUUUUGAUACAAUGCCGCAUUAUUAUUGCCAUAGAUGGCGCCACUUAAAUAAACAACUAGUGACUAAUCAAAGGCGUAAAUGUAGUAAUUAGCAAAAAAAAUACCUUGUUUUAAGGCGCUUAUUUCCCCAUCCACUUUUUACAUAUUGAUUCCAUCGUGUAACAAAAAUUAAACAUGUAACCAAACACAAUGAACCCUAUUAAAUUGACACUAAUUACAGUUAUU